AUGUCCCUCAACCAGCAGUACCUUGUAUACCUUGCCAAGUACCCGCUUCUUACCAAGCUGGCGACGACAGGGGUUCUAGCGGCAUUAAAUGAGAUGAUCGCCUCGGCGAUUUCCGGAGACGUCAAGAAAACUGAGGUCAACCUCUUGGGCACUAAAAUCAAGAUCAAUCACGUCUUGUCACCUCGGAUUUUGCAGAUGGUGUUCUACGGUGCAUGUAUAGCGACGCCAAUCUCCCAUAAAUUGUAUGGCGUGCUCAACAAGUUCUUCAAGGGGAAGCUCUCGCCCAAGAUGAAGCUAGUGCAAUUGGUGGCUUCUCUAUGCACAGUGACGCCGUGUCUCAGUGCUGUUUACGUGUCGUGGCUUCUGUUUCUCAAUGGUUACAAGGCAAGCGGCGGGAGCUUUGGUCAGGAGCUCAAGCGGUUUUUUACGGUGAUUGGCAGAGGGUUGAAACUGAACUUUUUUACCAUCUAUAGAACAUCGCUUGGCACCACGCUCGUGGCGAUGUCGAUUGCGCAGAACUUCUUGCCGCCAGAGCUUUGGGUGGUUUUCUUUUCGUGUGUGUACUUUGUGGUGGGCACCAUUCAGAACACACGGUUCAAGUUGAGGGCCAAGCGGGAGUUGCUAAAAAAGGAGGAGUAG